UUCAGGGGCAUUCUUCAUUCCUUACGGACUUUUUCUUGUUACCUGUGGAAUUCCCAUGUUCAUACUGGAAACAUCACUGGGUCAGUACACCAGUCAGGGGGGAAUCAUGUGCUGGAGAAAGGUCUGCCCCUUAUUUGAAGUGUCAGCUACAUCGUAGUUUUGGCCUGGGCUUUCCUCUACUUCUUCGCUUCGUUCUCUACAGAGUUGCCCUGGACAAGCUGCAACAACGUGUGGAAUACCGAUAACUGUGUGGUAAUAAACCACUAUAAUGGCUCUGCUAACUGGACUGGGAGGAAUGCAUCUUUGUCAUCCUCUGUUCUGGAGUUUUGGCAGCGACUUACUUCACAGCUACAUUCCCCCUCUUCUUGUUAGUAUUGCUGUUAGUCAGAGGAGUGACUCUUCCAGGAGCUUUCCAUGGUAUAAAGUACUAUUUGUACCCCAAUCCUGCACGGCUCGCUGAUCCGCAGGUACCCUGACUCAAGCACGUCCUUUUAAUUAAUUUUGAGUGUAAUUGGACAAACUAACUCUGACUGUCUCAUAGGUCUGGAUAGAUGCUGGAACACAAAUGUUUUAUUCAUUUGCUCUGUGCUUGGGAUUUUUGACCACCCUCGGGAGCUACAACAAGUAUAACAACGACUGUUACAGGUGAGCACCUUAGAGGAGUCUUUAUGGUCCUAGGUUUUUGCCAGAAAAGAUAAUUGUUUAUUCCUACAGCAAUUCCACAGUUGUUUAUUCUGUUGCCUUGAAGGAAGGAGGUCCUAAGUUCAAAUCCCAACUUUAUACGUACUACAACUAAAUGACAUCACUUAUGACAUGGUUGCCAGACUGUUUACAAUUUGUGUCUUACAUGAUACAAGUUGCUUCUGUCUUUCUUUUUGCAGAGACUCCUUCUAUCUUUGUUUGGUAAACAGUGGAAGCAGUUUUUUAUCUGGAUUUGCUGUUUUCUCAAUUCUGGGCUACAUGUCACAAAAGCAGGGUGUCGACAUUUCCGCUGUUGCUGAAUCAGGUCCCGGACUUGUCUUUAUAGUCUACCCACAAGCUGUAACUCUCCUGCCUUGGCCUCAAUUCUGGUCCUUGUGCUUUUUCUCCAUAAUUAUCUUUUUAGGAGUCGACAGUCAGUUUGUUGGGUUGGAAAGCAUCAUUACCUCAUUAUCAGAUGUCUGUCCUUCCAGGAUCAGGAAAGGAUACCGCAGAGAGCUUCUGCUGUUGCUGAUCUGUUCCUGUGGCUUUAUGUUUGGCCUUUUUUUAGUGUCAGAGGCAGGAAUUUACAUUCUGCAGAUCUUUGAUCACUAUGUCUGCAGCGGACCCACACUUCUGAUGAUGGCAAUCUUCCAGUCAGUGAUUAUUGGAUGGAUUUAUGGAGCUGGACGGUUCUCUGACAACAUCAAAGACAUGAUUGGGUACAAACCUCUGCCACUUAUCAAGUACUGCUGGCUGUAUGCCAUCCCUCUCUUGUGCUUUGGAUCCUUUGUAUUCUUGCUCCUGAGAUACACCCCGAUGAAGUUCAACAAUUCAUAUGUGUAUCCAUGGUGGGCUUAUUGCAUUGGCUGGUUUUUGUCCUUGUCUUCGUUGUCUAUGAUCCCACUCAACAUGGUGUGGAAACUAGCCAAAGGAAAAGGAACCAUUUGGGAGCGCCUCAAGACGAGCGCCCAGCCUGCGGAUGAUCUCCCAGGGAUGUCGAGGGAGAUGGGAAACGAAGAGGCUUCCCUCACUGAAUGCGUCUGAGAAAAGACGCAUUCAGUUUCAACAUUCAGUCUCUUGAGUUCACACAUAUUGUCAAAUUUAAUGAACCAUAUAAUGAACCUGAUAAAGCUUAGCUGUUUAAGUUUGAUUUUCCUCACAUUUGCUUAUUUUACUAAAUCCAUCAUUUGAAGAGAGGCUACAAACAAUAUGAAGGAUCUUACUGUAUGAGUGUAUCAGAAGCAGAACACAAAUAAAAUUCUCAUAUACACCAUAUAUGGUGUAUAUAACUGGACAAACCACUUAAACCAAGACACACAUGGGAAAACUUGCAGGUACCUCUGUGUUAAUAAAUGAAAAACCCACAAUGGUCAAUUAAUUAACUUGAGUCUGACAAAAAUAAUAAAAACAAAACAACAGAAAAAAAACUAAAAACUGAUAAAAGUAGAUCAGACAUUUCAACAGAAUAAAUUUUUCUAUAUUUCUUUAGUCGGUUUUAAGUUAUUCCAUUGUAGGGUUUUUGGUCUUUAAUACUAAUAAUUUUGUCCGUGUGUGAGUUUAUAUGCUGAUAUAAGUGAGUAAAUUUCCAUUACUUCUCAUUUUCUCAGAGAUCAAAAUAAGGUCUUGAUUAUUUUAAGUUAACAUAGACUCCAAAUAGAGAGCGUAUGUGUUUGGUAUCUGUGCAGGUUAAUGUUUAUCGUACUACAGACACAUUUUUAAGGCAGGUAUGACGUUCACAUUAUAUUUUAGAUUACAAAUAACAGUAAGGUAAUCUAAAAAUAAUAAUACCAGACAAAUUAUAUCAUGAAGGUGCGGUUAUCGAUAAUCAUAUUCACUACUGUUGUAAAACACUGUAAAUAAGUCCUAUGUCCAUUAAUCCAUCCAUCCAUUGUUUUACACCCUUAUCCCAUUGGGGUCAGGAGGGGUGCUGGUGCCUAUCUUCAGUUAUCAAACGGUUGAGAGCCGCAGAUAAGUCCUACGUUUAAUCACAAAUUGUAACUUUUCAUUAUUUCCCACUAAACCUGGUCAGAGGGCGAGGAGGCAAAACGUUUAUCAGGGUCUGCUCAUAACUAAGAAAAUAUGUACAGAUAUAGCGACCAAAGCCAGUUGACACAAAGCUCUCUUUGUUGUUGGCUACUUUUUCUCCUCCAAAAUACCUCUGCAGCAAACAUCAGAGGAAGUGGGUUCCUGUCCAAAGCUGCAGACCACAAGAGCUGAGAUUGUAUCUCAAGGCAGAGAAGAAGAAAAGAAUGUGGCUCUGUUUCUGCUGCUGCCAAAAGCUCAAGUCCCCUGUUGCUCCUCUGCUCAAAGGCCGAUUAAGUGUGCAGAAUGAAUUUCUUGUAUUUCAAUUUAAAAGCAAAUAUGUUAUCCAGAUGAAGCUGGUUAUCCUCCUAAAGCCUCAUUAAAUUACUUUGGAAGUCUCUGGAUUGUUUCUCUGGAUUUUAUUUUGUGACAUCAGAGUAAAAGGAGAAAAAUGCAAAUGCAUGCCACUCUUAUUUUUUGAAAAACUUCUAUAUCCUUUUGAACUCAUAAAAUGUAUACUUGUUCUUUUUUGUUGUUGUUUUUUUACCUGUAACACCACAGACAUACGAUCCUCUUAGAGAAAUACUUGCAACAGUGUCAUUUUUUA